CGGUUUCAAUUAGCGCCGCAGCUUGGUUGAUGUUACCCCCUGACAUAUUUAGAACCCAACAUUCUUCUUCAUAGUUAAUAGCAUCAAGAAGCCCCCACAGCAAAAGGACUUGGGGAAAGUAUUUUCAAGAGACCUCCAAAAAAAAAUUAAAAUAAUAAUAAAAAAAAAAAAAAACACAUUCAUUCCAUUCUCUAGGUUGCAAGAAUGGGGAAACCUCGGAUGAUAAUCCUUAUCCGUCACGCCCAGUCAGAAGGAAACAAAAACCGUGAAAUUCACCAGUCGGUUCCGGACCACCGAGUGAAACUUACGCCAGAGGGGCAGAAGCAGGCCCUCGAAGCUGGGCGUAGAUUGCGGGCCCUCCUGCGCCCAGACGAUACCCUUCAUUUCUUUACAUCCCCUUACCGCCGCACGCGUGAGACGACUGAGGGCAUCCUUACGUCUCUAACGUCAGACGAUCCUUCACCGUCGCCCUUCCCAAGAAACACAAUAAAAGUCUACGAGGAACCACGGUUAAGAGAGCAAGACUUUGGCAACUUCCAGCCAUGCUCAGCAGAAAUGGAGCGCAUGUGGCAGGAGCGUGCUGAUUAUGGGCAUUUCUUCUAUCGUAUCCCGAACGGAGAGUCCGCGGCUGAUGCCUACGACAGAGUUAGCGGUUUCAAUGAGUCAUUAUGGAGACUCUUUGGGGAACAAGACUUUGCUAGCGUAUGUGUGCUGGUCACACAUGGGCUUAUGACGCGGAUAUUUUUAAUGAAGUGGUACCACUUCAGCGUUGAGUACUUCGAGGACCUUCGAAACGUCAAUCACUGUGAGUUUGUAAUCAUGAAGAAGAGCGACGACGAUGGAAAAUAUGUCCUUCAAAAUAACUUGCGCACUUGGUCUGAGUUAAAGCGGGAGAGAGAGAGAGAACGGGAGCGGGAGCGAGCGUUAAAGGGUGAUUCAGGCGCUUUAAUUAGUCCUGACCUCGAGAUGGAGUCGCAUGUCCCUAUCAGAAGGAAAUGGGGUGGCUGCCCCAACGGGUGCAAUCAUUCUGCAGUGAAGUUUUGGAAAAGACGGCCUCAACGGCAAUAUACAAACGAGAUAUUGGAGGGUGAUACAGCAACAUAUGGAGGCAGCAAUGAUACUCAAUUUGUUGCGUCGCAGGCCAACCCAGGAUAUAGCUGGGACAUACCUGUAGACAAUCCAUCUAGCACACAUUACCACCAUGCCCCUCCUUCGACUUCUUCAUCGUCACCAAAUUCAACGCCAUCACACAUCUCCCUGAAUUUACACGUGGAUUUCAAAUCCCAGCUGGAGUUGUCAUCAGAACAGGAGCUGAACAGGAGCCAGAACCAAUCUUCUACAUCCUUUCACAAUAGAAAGGGACCACAUAACCAUCCCACGCGCCUGGGCGGACGGGACGGCGGCGGCUCCGAAAGCGGCGCAACGAGCCGUGCAACAUCAGAUAACGAAGAGGUCGACAACGUUGGCUAUAACAAUGAAAACUAUAAGCAUGUUGCAGCUAGCAUGCAAAGUGGUAGACAAAGCCAUGGGCAGCGCCAGUUGCAAAGCAACGACCGGAGGCAAGGACAUGGAAUCGCGAACUCAUUGGGCGAUCGAGACGACGACGACCGUUCUGCGGGCAAACAAGGCCUGCUAGAUGAUGACGACAAGGACGGGAACGAUCGUGAUAUUCCUAAAGCCGGUCCCUAUUCUAGCGAUGAGCUGGAAGAGGAAGAGGAUGCUGUCCUUGAGAAGGCAAUACGAGAGGAUCGGAGUAUUCGAGGGUCGGUUUAUUAGCACGGAAAUUUAUUGAUUGCUCAAGAUUUCUUUUUCUUUUUACUGGUCCCCAGUCGCUGAGUACUUUACCGUCGUCUAUUUCGUUUCUCUCAUUGAUGCGCUGGAAAGGCGGCUCCGAGCGAUGAUCUCUCGACGAGUUUCACGGACCUAGCAUCAGCGAUUUCGCACCUAGGGUACACACCAACUCCUCGAUCACACUACGCUCUUGGUCCGGUAUCGUGGUCCCGAAACCUUGAACCCGCGCAAGAAGCCUUAUCCAGGUCCAAUCUCGGCCCCUUUUCGAUUCUGCCACGGAUAAAAACAGGAUGAGGAAAGAGGACUAAACAUUAUGAUGAGAUGAGACCCUUAUAUCACACCCACUCACUCCACCGUCGCCUUUACUCCCUACGGCGAUGUAUAUGAAAAACGAAGAUCCCAAUGAUGCUCUACGAUAGUGGAAACGUGAGAGAUGAAUUUCGGAUGCCCAAUUGGAGUAUAGGGUGAGGCCUUGUAGGAACGAAUCCAAAGAGAAAUAAAACAGGUAUGUCUAUUCCCAGGAGGAAUGGAUUGGUUUUCAUUAGAUAGUAGUUUAAAUGAAAGUUCCGCGUACCUUGACGGCGCGACCCCUUUUUCUUUCAGUUAUACCUGGCGUCACUUGGCUUUUUCGUGUAGAUCGCCCAAUAAUAGUCAAUCUAAUGUACUGUCUGUGCAUGUACCAUCCCCGACUGCAAACCCUAGUAUAUGUUACUGGAUAAUAGAAUCCACAAUUCUCUCAAGAACAAGCCAUCUGAUACGAAAGGAAACCAUGGCCUACUUUGCAAACCACCGUGGUAUAUUCAGUGAGAAUUGGAAACAUGAACAACAAAAUAGUUAC